GAUUGGUUUAAUUAAUUAAUUAAUUAAUUACCCACAUAUAAUAUAACAUGAUUAUCCCAAUCUGGAUAAUCAUCAGUCUUCCUUUUUUCUCUCUCUAAAAAAAGAUUCAUACUGUUCUUUUGUACUACUCUUCCACCAACUCCUCAAGACCCUCUCUCUCUCUAGCAUUUUGUUUCUCUCUCCUCUCUCUCUCUCUGCAAAAAUGAGAAAUCCCUAGUCCAAGUUGAAAUCUUUCUGGGAUUUUUUUACUACACUCUCUCAGUAAAAAUCUUAUCUUUCUUCUUCUUCUUCUUUUUUUUUUCACCAUGGAUACAUACGAGGCAACGAACAUAGUUAUGUCGAGAAUCCAGAGCUUGGAGCCGGAAAACGCGUCGAGAAUCAUGGGUUAUAUACUGAUACAGGACCAAGGUGAGAAGGAGAUUAUCCGUUUAGCUUUUUGCCCCGAACCCGUUUUGCUCUCCUACAUCAAGCAAGCCCAGACCCGGUUGGGUCUCCAUUCCAACGGUUCGAACCCCCCGCCGGCUCCUCUCUCGUACUCCGUCCGGCCGAACAACCCGUUCCCGCAGAUUUCGCCGAGAUCGAUUGUGAUACCCAACAAUGGCGGUUUCCAUAUGAGCAACCCGUCUUCGCCCGCCGGAGGGGCUGUGUUUCAGAGGAGCCGGACGGCAGCCUGCAGCAGCAGGCCUGUUGUUGUUUCGGGUUCGCCGUCGGGUUUGCAUUUCUACGGCGGCGAUGAUUUCGAGGUGGACCAGCUGCCGUUUCUUGACGACGACCAGGGGUUGGAUCCGGUGAUGAAUGAUUCCAUGGGUUUCGGUUACGGUGAGGAUAUGGGCGGCGGCGGCGUUCAUUCACCCCACCACAACCCGUUUCACCGGAGGAGCUGUUCGGUGAACGAUGCUGCAUUUCUCGAAGACGGCGGCGGCGGCGGAGGGUUUGGGUGGCGGCCUUGCAUGUACUUUGCCAAGGGUUUCUGCAAGAAUGGCGGUAAUUGCAAGUUCUUGCACCACGGCGACGAACCGAUUGAACUAGGGUCUCCGAGCAACAAUGGUGCUUCUGGGUUUGAUGAAUUGUUGAGGAUGAAAGCUCUCCAGCAGCAGAGGUUUGCGGUCAUGGCGGCGGCGGCCGCCGCCGGCGGUGGUGGUGGUCACCAUCCUUUUGCUUACAACAAGUGCAUGGAUUCUCUUAACGAAAAUCCCAGGAACGACUAUUCGUCACUGAUGGGAUUCGGUGCUUCGAGCUCGAGCGCCCGUCAAAUUUACUUGACGUUUCCUGCAGACAGUACGUUCAAGGAAGAAGAUGUUUCUAAUUACUUUGGCAUGUUUGGACCAGUUCAAGAUGUUAGAAUACCAUAUCAGCAGAAAAGAAUGUUUGGGUUUGUGACGUUUGUCUACGCCGAGACAGUUAAGGCCAUUUUAGCAAAAGGGAACCCUCAUUUUGUGUGCGAUUCUCGUGUGCUCGUCAAACCGUACAAAGAGAAAGGAAAAGUCCGCGACAAGAGACAACACCAUCAUCAACAAUCGGAGAGGGGAGAGUAUUCGGCUUGUUUAAGCCCUUCUGGAGAAAACUUUGAUCUCUCGUUUGGAUCUAGAAUGUUGAUGAGCCCGCAAGAAAUGAUGCUGAGGAGAAAAUUGGAGCAAGAGGCAGAAUUGCAGCAUGCCAUCGAACUUCAAGGCCGAAGAAUGAUGAAUUUACAACUAAUGGACUUGAAAAAUAAUGAUAAUCUCGGUUAUCAUAAUUAUCCUCGAAGAUUCCCAGCUGGCAUCCCGUUUUCGUCCUCCCCCACACAGUCUCAGUUUCUGAUCAAUCAAAAUGUCACGACGUCCUCCGAUUCCAUCAAUCAAGAACAUCCGGAAGAAUUUGAUAACGGUGAAAAACGAGGCGAUGAGAAGUCGGGGCUGGAAAGUAGUGAAUCUAACACUAACGAUAUUAACGCCGAUGACUCCGAUACCCAUGAAAGGUUGGAGCACAGCCUCCCCGAGAAUCUAUUUGCUUCUCCAUCGAAACCAGCAGCUGAUAAUAGUACUACAUCCUCUAACGAAACUCCUCUUCUGUCGAACAGUUCUCCACUCACCAUCGCUUCUCUCAAAUCGUGUUACUUGCAAUUACCUCGGUUUUCUUCAGGGCAAGAAGCCAUUGAAAUGUAGCAACUCACCAUGGCUAGCAGACAGCAAAAUUAACUUUAGCUUGAAAAUGUGUAGCAUAUACAAAGGGGAAGUAAGAAAAAAAGUGAUAUAGUAAGCUGUAUGGCUGAAAAUCAUAGGAGAAAAACAGAAAAAGAUAUGUAAUGAAUUAAUAUUUGAUCAUCAUCAAGAAAUACUAUAUUAGUUAUUAUUACAGCAGCACAUAGUGAAUGUGUAGUAGAAAGGACAGAGAGUGGGGUAGUAAUAGUAUCUCUCUUUUUUCAUUAUUAUUUGUACUCUCUCUUUCUUUAGUUGUGUGCUGUAAUCACAAACAACAGUGUUAUAGUAUUAACUAUUUUUUACUUUUUGCUAUAAUUAAUAUAAUGGAAAUUAGCAGAUUUUCUACUA